AUGACGCGCAAGGCGAUGACACUCGCGUCAUUUUUUCUCCGAAGUUGGCGCAGGUGUGGGCCAUGUACUAUGCCCGCAGACCGCUGCUCGGCAAAGCGCAUUCCACCAAAUUUCGAGGCACAGAAUCCUGAAAAUUAUUCAGGAUUGGAAAAUGAAUUGCGACAGCCGAGAGCAGAUCCAUACAUUGUGCGAGAUGGAGUACAUUGCGCGAGAAAUUGUGCCUCACAAGACAGGAUUCUUCAUGAUUAUGAAGACAAGAAAAUUAUGCCAAACCAGUUGCUGUAUUUCUUUCCUGGUCUGGCAUAUCAUGUUAUAUUGAGCGGAGUUCCACCAUCUAAAGUUGCUACCUGA